CCUAUGUCUAGGGCCGUUGGAUUGACUUCCGCUUAACUCCUUCCAAACUCCAGCCCGGUGACAUCACACUUACACUUCCAAACACCGGUUCUAGCCCCUCUCCACCACACCUACUUGGUUCUCAUCUCAUGCCGUCGUCGGAUCCGACCGGUUAACAAAAACUCAAGUUUAUUGGCCGGGCUGUGUGUCGAAGAUCGUUGUGAACUCUACUCCACUGCUUGUCGCUCGAGCCGAAUUGGGGACUGUGACUCGCGGGUGCGCAGAAACUCUGCUUGUGAACAGUUCGAUUGAGUGUCCCGUUCCAGAUGGGAUGAAGAAAGUCUAAGCCGGGCUCACGGGGACGCAAAGUUUAGUAAAUGCCAAUCUAGACGAACCGCAUUCAUAAGAACAUCAGUCUACUAAUCCCGGAUUUGUAACGACACCGGCCCCAGUGGCCAAACUAGACUGUUCAAGGGUGGUGGACCCGCGUCAUCGGGUCAAGGACAUAAGGGCGAGACGUAGGCAAAAACGACGAGAGAGGGUAGGGAGAAAAAAAAAGCUGAUACAACCAAAGGCCGAGCCAGCACCCACACCUCGGCUAGGCUCCAUUGCAGAUCCUAGUAACGAACAGUGCCGGCUACCGCCUCCGGCCCCGACCAGAUCCACUUUUAUCUUUUCUCCUUUCUACAGGCACCCGUUCGGCUCAUGUCGCUUGUUUUCUUCGUAGUGAUGCCGAGCUCCCUGCCGAGUUUUUGAACCAAAGGCAAGAGGACAAGAAAAGAAGGGGUGAAAAAAAUCCUUGGAUGGGGUCGACCCCCAAGUGGGACUCGGCCGAUCCAUAGGGGCCAUCGUAUCUCUCACAUUCCAUCCCCUUACUGUUCAGUAACCCGGGAGAUGUCCCGGCUGGUUCCCAUCAGCUGAGAGCAGAGUCAUUCGUACUGGAUUUUGACAAAUCCACCCUCUGCUCCGCGUUGUCUUCUCCGGUCUUUUUAUCUCCAUACGCACUCCCUCGGCUUUUGCCUGCUUGUUGUCUGGCUUACCUAUCCGAUCUCUCCAAUCCACAUUCUCACUAAUUGCCCUUCGUCUGAAUUGACCUACUCUCUUCUCUCUCUCUCUCUCUCUCCAUCUUACAUAUCCUUGGAUCAGACAAGUCACUAUUGUAUCAUUCAUAAGACGAAAGCUGCCCACCUACAGUACAUCGGAUCGCGAACUUGCAAUCUCCUGUUUAUAUAUAUAUCCAUCACACGUUCCGCUCACACGCUCACCUCCCCAUUGCCACCGAUCUAGACCUAUCUCAUCCGCCACAGUCAAUUGGUAUUACUCUACAUUGACGUAGCUCGUUAAGCACGCCGGCUUCUUAAUAGCUCCGAGCUAUCUUUCCGCACAGCGCAUCAUUGCAUAAGUCUGCUGCUACAACAACACUUCCUCGCGCACUCUUCUCGGUUCACGAUAUAAAUACCUGCCGAUCAUCACAGCGACACUCUGAUCGGUUACCCCUCUUCCUUAGAACACAACCCCUAGGCACCGUCCAACAAUGGCGAUGGACGAAUUAGACCGCGAGAUCGAGGCCGCCGAGCGCGACGCCUCCCAGAGCCGCUACCACGGCCGCGAAAGCCACGAAAUCGAGCGGGUCCUCUCUAAUUCUUCCUCUUCGACCUCCACGUCCUCCGCCACCCACGCCGGCGCCCGCCCCGCCUACCGCACCGGCACCGGCAUCAGCCGCGUUUCGACCCAGAAUGAUCUCGAGCGUCACCCGACGGCCCUGAGCCGCAUUGCCACCGCCCGCAGCCAGCACUCUAAUACCGUCGGCCGUAGCAUCAAGAGCAGGGAGUCGAGAAAGGCCCUGCCCGCCAUGGGCGCCGGCAAGCCCUACCCGCCGCCGCUGCCCGAGCAGGAGGACUACGUUGUCGAGUUUGACGGGCCUGAUGACCCCCUCCACGCGCAAAAUUGGCCGUUGAAGAAGAAGUUGCUUACAGCCGCAAUGCUUGGCUACACCACCAUGACAUCCGCCUUCACAUCCAGUAUCUUCUCUGCGGCGACGCAGGUCAUUGCGACCGAGUACAACGUCUCGGCCACCGUGGGCACCCUCGGCGUGUCCUUUUACGUCCUGGGCUUUGCCUUUGGCCCGACGCUGUGGGCGCCCCUCUCCGAACUCCGCGGCCGUAGGCUGCCCCUUGUCCUUUCCAUGUUCGGUUUCUCCAUCUUCUCCAUCAGCACCGCCGUCGCCAAGGAUCUGCAGACCAUCUUGAUCUGCCGGUUCUUCGCCGGCUUCUUCGGCGCGUGCCCCCUGGCCGUCGUCGCCGCCGUCUUCUCCGAUAUGUUUGACAACCGCACCCGUGGCUCCGCCAUCACCGUCUUUUCCAUGGCCGUCUUCACCGGCCCGCUCCUGGCCCCCUUCAUCGGCGGCUUCAUCGUCGAGUCACACCUCGGUUGGCGCUGGACCGAAUACAUCCCCUCCUUUAUGGGCUUCUUCGCCUUCUUCCUCGAUCUGUUCUUCCUCGAGGAGACGUACCCGCCCGUCAUCUUGGUUGGUAAGGCAUCUGAGCUCCGCCGCAGGACCAGGAACUGGGGCAUCCACGCUAAGCAGGAGGAGAUUGAGGUCGACCUGAAGGAGAUGAUCAACAAGAACUUUUCCCGUCCCAUGCGCCUCCUCUUUGGCGAGCCCAUCGUCACCGCGCUGUCCGUCUACAUGGCCUUCAUCUACGGACUGUUGUACCUGUUCCUGACGGCGUACCCCUUCGUCUUCCGCGGCAUCCACGGCUUCGGCGCCGGCCAGUCCGGUCUCACCUUCUUUGGCAUGAUCACUGGCCAGCUCAUUGCCGGUAUCACCGUCUUGCUCCAGCAGCCGUGGUACCUGCGGAAGCUGAAAGCCAACAACGGCGUGCCCGUCCCGGAGUGGCGUCUUCCGAGUGUUAUUGCCGGCGGCGUGUUCUUCGCGGCCGGUAUCUUUUGGUUUGGAUGGUCUGGCUACCGCGAAGACAUCCAUUGGAUCGUUCCUACCCUCAGUGGUCUCUUCACUGGUUUCGGUCUCAUGUCUAUCUUCCUCCAGGCUCUCAACUACCUCGUCGACGCCUACCUCAUGUUCGCGGCUUCUGCCAUCGCCGGAAACACCUUCCUCCGCUCCCUCUGCGGUGCCGGCUUCCCCCUGUUCGCGAGCUACAUGUUCAACGGCAUGGGCAUCGAAUGGGCAUCGACGCUGCUCGGUAUUGUCGCCGCCGUCCUCGUGCCCAUCCCCGUCAUCUUCUACAUCUGGGGCGCCAAGAUCCGUGCCAAGAGCGCCUACGCCCCGACCUUCGCCGCCCCGGCCGACGAGCCCGACAACGACGAUACGGAGGCGUUCGCCAACGGCCGCACGAGCCACGACAACGAGAAGCCGCCCUCCGUCGCUGCGCUGGAUGCGAGCAGGCCGAGGACGAGCGGCGACAAGGCCAUGAACGCCGUCUAGACAAGCUUCACGUGGAGUUUUGUUGUCUAUACGAUUUAUCUCUUCAGUACACAAGCUCUCACACACACACAUACCCUUGGAUUUAUGCGGUUCCCGGCGUUUGAUGAGAUACCAUAGGUCGGGUUUUUUGGAGAAAACAAAAAAGUUCUGUUGGCUCUUGUUUUUCCUUGGGCAUUACGUCUCGUUUGGAGACGUUCAUGACAGCAUCAUCUGAUACCAUUUUGCCAAACAAACCUACCAUAGCUUAUUUACGCUUAAUUUACAUCAUCUAAUAAAAGACACUUAAAGUAUUGGA